AUGCACAGCUUGGACAGUGAAUUGGAAGUUAUUGAAGCAAAUGGAAAAUUUGUCGAAAAAGCACUUCUUUUUGCUGUCGAACAAAAUGGCUCUGAUUGGGUUACCAAUUGUCGAGUUGAUGAGUGGAUCGAUAUAAUCGAAAAACGAUGCACAUUAAUUCGAAAGCAAUCAGCAUUCGUUAGAAAGUUCGAUAUUGAAUCAUAUUUUAAAUGAUGGAUGGAAAAAUAUUUAAAUGAACUUCAUGCUGAAGUUGAAUAUCGAUUAAGAUGUUCCAUUGAACGCACAAAAGAAAAAAAUCUUAUGGAAGUUGAAUAUGAAGCCAAACUAUUGGAACUUUUAGUUGAAGUAAUUGAUCGAAAGAAUUAUCUCAUAGAAUCGAAAUUCGAUUCAAGUGCAAUUAUUGAACCAAAGCUAAUGACAAAGAUAAAACAUGACAAAGAAUCUCGUCAAAGAAUGAAAAAGCGAUUACGUAAACUAAAGAAGCGAUUAAUAUUCACUAAAGAAAGUGGUCGAAAAUCAGUCGAAUAA